GCCAGGAUGGGACCUGAAGGGCAAAGUGAGUGACAUGGAAGCCAAAGUCCAGAAUUACCAGUGCAAAAUAAAAUCGGUAAAUCUGGAAAACGAUAAUUUGAAGGACUCUAUAACCAAAGCCCAAAAGCAUAAGGCUGAAAUCGAAGAUGAGAACAAAGGUCUCAAAAAGCGUCUCGGGGAUUGUGAAGAGGAGUUGGAAAAGCUGGCUACUGUGAAAGAUGACCUGGCGCAAACCUCUACAGAGAGAGAUGGUCUUAAGAAAGACCUCAGCAAGCUAAACGAGGAGCAUAAGGUUUUGGAAGGACUCAGAGAUCAUUUGGAGUCUGAGCUCCGCAAUAUACAGACUCAGCUCGCCAUUCAGACCUCUACACUGAGGCAGUGUCAGGACAGUUUGAAGGAGAGCCAAGAAAUGGUCAGGAACCUUGAGGAAACGGUGGCCCGGGAAAGAGAAGAGCUCCACCUUGGAGAAAUGGAGCGAAGGAAGCUCCACAACACUAUUCAAGAGCUCAAAGGCAACAUCCGAGUGUUUUGUAGGGUCCGCCCACUGCUGACUGGCAAUCAGUCUGAUGUUCUGCACAUCCAGCUGCCGGCCCAUGACAACAAGGCUCUUACACUUGCCAAAACGGAAGAGUCGCACACGGGGCGCACGGCUGACACUCAGAAGAGCUAUAACUUCAGCUUCGACCGUGUGUUCGGGCCGCGUGCCACUCAACGUGAGGUUUUCGAAGAGAUCUCCCUGCUGGUGCAGUCU